UGGCGGUCAGAAGCCUGAGCUAGGAAAUACCAAAGUCAGCAUGACUAAGGGUUUAGAAGCCCCUCUCUUCCGCCUUCGGACCCUGUUAUCUCUCUGUAGAUCCAUAGGCCACUUUUUCCCCUGACCCUUACUAUUGGACAGUUUUCAAUCCCCCUAUAAGGUAUAAAAACCCCUAGCUCUGCCCGGUUCGGGAGAGGAGAGCUGUCCCUGGACCCUUCGCGGAGACCCCAAUAAAAGAACCCUGCGGAACCCAGACAGCGCUGCUCUCUCUCUCUCUGCGUCUGCUGCGGCUAUACCCAGGGUGACGGCCCCAGGCAUGCUAAAAGAGCUGAAAUCACUAAAGAGCUGAGCUGCAAAUCACUAUAGCUGCCUGGGCUGCCUGAACCCCCGCUGGGCGAUCCUGGACCCUCGUUGAGCUAUCCUGGACAACCGGCCUCCCCGCUGGGCUUCUGCCCUGGGGGCCAUAGCUGGCGCUCCGAACAUAGCCGACGCCCGAACAGCGGGGGGCCCCUGGGCCAACAUCUGAACCGCCGUGAUAGCCUGGCCGCGGAACUGAAUGCCGGACCUGGCAUUUCAGAGGAGCAGCACUUCUUCGUGAAAUUGUCACUGCCUCCGCUCGCCAGAGAUCCUGGAAGGAGAAGCUCUUCGUUUUAGAAGGACUCUUCUGGACAGGACGUCAGCCGACCCGCAACAACGACACCUGGGCACGCGAGUGUUCGCGGAGGCUGACGAGCAGACGACCCCCAGCAGAACUUUGACCCACAACAGGCUGAAAAGUAAGCCCCAUUCCUGCCCAAAGAUGAAAAAUAUCUCCGUUGGCGCUGUCCUCACUGCUGCCUGGAUGUUCCUCACCGUGCCGUGUGCCGUCGGUUGGAUCGGCCCACAGCCGAGCCAUAAUGUCUGGGUAACCUUAGCAAGAACAUUAAAACAGGAUAACAUGUGCUUAUCCAUGGGGAGCGUUGAUAACCCACUUUCCACAUGUCUAGUAGGAAUUCCUUUUGUAGCCGAUGAUUGGCCCGCCUAUAAUUCAGAGCUUCUCCGCACCACAGGUAAGAGACCCCACCAGGUAGAAACUUGGGACCAGUGGACAAAAAUACUGCCCAAUGCUCUUGAGGAACCUCAAGAAUUGGAUCUAUUGGGGUCCUCUAAGGCCACAUUCUGUGUCAAAUUUUACUUUAGACGUCCAAAGAAUAAUUUGCCUGAAAUUGAUCUGAACAAAAACACAUACCGAAAAGACAUAUCACCAAUUAACAAAGCCUACAACCCUCACGAUUGGUGUAAUUACACUGCUCGUGUGAUCUCUGUGUCCUCUCUCCAUCCCAAAAUUCUACCCAAGGGAACGUUUCUCAUCUGUGGUGACAGAGUAUGGGCUGGGAUCCCCUCCCGACUCCAGGGAGGUCCCUGUACCCUAGGAAAACUUUCCACCCUUACUCCAAAUAUCACCUUGUUGCACAAUUGGAAAAAAGAGAGCGAGUUAAAACGCCACAAAAGGUCCUACACAGCAUUUGAUGAAAAUUGCGAUCCCAAAUUAUACGAUUGGAACAAACCUAAAAAGAUAGCGGUCUCUAUAUUCCUACCAUGGGUAGCUGCAGCUAAGGCCCUGGGUGACAUAAAUCACCUUGGGUGCUGGCUCAGUAAGCAAGCUAACGCUACUUCUGCUGCCCUGAGUGAUCUCUUAAAGGAAGAAGAAACCACAAGACAUGCCUCCCUCCAAAAUCGAGCAGCGAUUGACUUCCUGCUGCUUGCCCACGGACAUGGCUGUGAGGACUUCGAAGGGAUGUGCUGCUUCAAUCUCUCUUCACGCUCGGAAUCCAUCCACGCCAACAUCCAGAAACUGAAGGGACUUGUGAAGGACUUAAAAGUAGAACAGACCCCAGACUGGGUCAAUGACCUCUUCGGUCAAUGGGGAUUAACAGGAUGGGUUGCAUCUUUGGUUAAGGGAAUGUUGUGGAUCUUUCUUGUAAUUGUCAUCGUGUUACUUAUGUUCUCAUGCCUUGUCCAUUGUUUUAAAAGAACCAUAGGGAACGCCUUUUUUCUAAAUACAGAAAGUGGAGUUGUAGCAGGCACAAGGCCUGCAAGGCCCUGGCGGUCAGAAGCCUGAGCUAGGAAAUACCAAAGUCAGCAUGACUAAGGGUUUAGAAGCCCCUCUCUUCCGCCUUCGGACCCUGUUAUCUCUCUGUAGAUCCAUAGGCCACUUUUUCCCCUGACCCUUACUAUUGGACAGUUUUCAAUCCCCCUAUAAGGUAUAAAAACCCCUAGCUCUGCCCGGUUCGGGAGAGGAGAGCUGUCCCUGGACCCUUCGCGGAGACCCCAAUAAAAGAACCCUGCGGAACCCAGACAGCGCUGCUCUCUCUCUCUCUGCGUCUGCUGCGGCUAUACCCAGGGUGACGGCCCCAGGCAUGCUAAAAGAGCUGAAAUCACUAAAGAGCUGAGCUGCAAAUCACUAUAGCUGCCUGGGCUGCCUGAACCCCCGCUGGGCGAUCCUGGACCCUCGUUGAGCUAUCCUGGACAACCGGCCUCCCCGCUGGGC